GAUUCAACAAGCAGCGGAUAUGGUAGCAACUCCUCUGUUGACAGUGUAACAAAGUGGAAAUUAACUGGUCUGAAUAACUUGGGGAAUACCUGUUUCAUAAAUGCAGUAGUACAGUGUUUACGCUACACAGAUCCACUGCGAGACUACCUUCUCCAUGGCAACUAUGAAGAUGAUAUCAACACUUCCACUAGUAGUAUGAAAGGAGAAUUGGUAAAAGCCUUCGCCAAACUUCUCCAGUUUAUGUCGGAUGCCAACGUUAAUACUGUGACCAAACUAGAAGAUUUCAACCAUCGCAUUCGGAAGUUUACGCCGUAUUUUACGAGAAACAGCCAGCAGGAUGCCCAAGAGUUUAUGCGGUAUUUACUUCAGGGGCUACACGAAGACGUGAAUAGGGUCAGAACAAAACUACCCCCCAUUAGAACAGAUAUUGACGAGACUCUCAGUGAAUAUGAAAAAUCCACGGAGGCUUUCGGGAGAUAUUUAAGAAAUGACAAUAGCAAAAUAAUAGAUAUUUUCCUCGGUCAGCUCAGAAGUAGGCUUCAGUGUACCGUCUGUGGCCACAGUUCCGUGACCUUUGAUCCAUUUUGGGACUUAUCCAUAUCUAUUCCUAAGGGAAGUUCCAAAGUUUCAUUACAACAGUGUUUGAGUUUGUUCACGAAAGAAGAAAUUCUAGAAGCACAUGAAAAACCAGUUUGUUCUCGGUGUAGACAAAGGCAGAGAUGUUCCAAAAGGUUUACCAUCCACAGGUUUCCAAAGAUUCUUGUUCUACAUUUAAAACGCUUCACCUCAACUGGUAAAGGUUACACUAAGCCGCCAAACACUGAAAUAGAUUAUCCACUGGAGAAUCUCGACCUUCGACCUUAUUUCUCAGGAAAUGGGUUUCCAAGGUGCCUUCUAGCCAAGUGA